GGUGCGCUGUGUCCCUCGGACACAACAGAUCACCGAUCCACGGAAAGAGCCGAAGAUGUCGGCUCGUUCAUGUGAUCAGCUUUGUCCAAUCACAGCUGAUCACAUAGGUGACAUCUUUACUGAUCAUCAGGGCACUGAUGAUCAGUGUGCCCUGAUGAUCUGUGUAGCCCCAGCAGUGCCACCUGUCAGUGUCCAUCAGUGCCAGCUCUCAGUGCUCAUCCAUGCCACCUGCCAGUGCCCAUCAGUGCCACAUUUCAGUGCCACAUCAAUGCCACAUAUCAGUGGCAUCUGAGCUGCCUUUCAGUGUCACCCAUCAGUGCCAGUCAGUGCCACCUAUCAAUGUCACCUAUCAGUGCUGCCAGUCAGUGCCACCUAUCAGUGCCAGUCAGUGCCGCCUAUCAGUGUGCAUCAGUGCCGCCUAUCAGUGCCCGUCAGUGCUGCCUAUCAGUGCCGCCUAACAGUG